CAGAUUGACACGUUUCCUACUUUCGCUAUGAGUGAGUCGUUGGUCUUAAUUUCCCGGGGCAAAUUCCCUGUCCGAGACAUAAGUCAUACCUUACACGAAUUCCCAAAGAUACAGUGAUGUUWAUUUACUCGUACACGGAAGAAACAACAACAGGAUAGAUGUUGGCAUGAAUAAGCAAGGCUGACAAUGSCAGAAUCUGUGUGCACGAACUCCGCUGGGUGUGUUGAAGAUGACUGGGACAAAUUCYCCGUAAUUCUUCCUUAUUUGUUAAAGGAUAACCCAUUGUCAAUAGCUAUYAAAUCGAAUGAUGUUAAGACUGCCGCGACAUUAGUUAAAAAUGGCGGCGUAGGAAUAAAUGGCAUGAUUGGUGACUACCCUUGGCCAAUCCACAUGGCAGUGCAAGACAACAAUAAAGAUGCUUGUCGGCUCUUACUUCGUUAUAAUUGUGAGGUAAAUAGGGGCGAUGACGAAGGACAAACACCGCUUCAUCUUGCCACGAUUAAUACUGUAGCAAUGGAUAUUUUUGAAGAUUUGCUGGUUGCUGGUGCUAGUGUGAAUCAACAAACCAACAUGCAAGAGACCCCAUUGCACUUCGCUGCUCAGUAUGGAGAGAUGAGCAAAUUUGAAAGGCUCUGUAAGGAACCGCAGUUGAACGUACAUCUCUGUGAUUGCAAUGGAAAUAGUGCUGCUCACGAAUUGUUAAAUAUAACAUCUCCCGAUGAAAAUGCAAGCAAAAAUUUGCUUAAAGGAAUACACUUAUUGAUGGAACGAAGUAUUAAUAUUGAUGCGCAGAAUAAGGAAGGGUUGACUGCAUUGAUGUACUCUGCUUUGUCAAAUCUGGUUGGAUGUAGUAUUUUUAUGCUCAAAGCAGGAGCUAACCCUUUCCUGCAGGAUCGACAAGGGAAUUCAUUCCUGCAUUACUUGACAUGUUUACCUGACGUCCCCGUCUUCGAUAAGUAUUUCUUGGAUGUACUUGAAACAAUCGUUGAUUGCCACAUCCAACCGUCACUUCUUCUAAACGUCAAAAAUCUCCGGGGAGAUACUCCGUUUGCAUUUGCGGUCAAACAUCACAGUAUACAAGUUAUAGAGAAAUACAUUGAGUACGGAGCAGAUGUGAACUUACAAAACAACCUUGGUCGGUCAUUGCUUUUUGAGGCAAUAAGUAUAAAUUCAGCAGAAAAAGCGGAUUUGUUGCUAAAGAACGGCGCCGAAUUAAAUCUAACUAAUGUAAAGGCAGAGUCAGUUUUGCACUCGGGUUACAAUGUCGACAUUUUGAGGAUUCUCCUUGAAAACAAAGGUGAUUUCCUGGUUAAUGCGAAAGACAGUAAUGGACUUACUCCUCUGCAUCAUUGGGUAUUUUCCGAUCGAACUGAAGACGUAGACUUACUUCUCCAAUAUGGAGCUGAUGUUAACAUUAGGGAUGACUUCGGAUCAACACCAUUACAUUUUGCCGCCUGGUAUUGCUCUMCGACUGUUUCAGAAUUCCUAGAAACGAAAGGUKCAGAUCCGUUUCACGAAGAUGCAAUGGGUCGUCGACCAUCCGAUGUCAAAGAUCGGGACCGUUAUUACCGACCUGCAUGUCCUUUGUUUCCCAMUCUUGCCGAAGCCAUAGAAAACGAAUUUAAUCGGARGUCGCUCUCCGAUACCGAUAGUAGCGAGGACGACGUUGAUGUAUCUGAUCCAACCAGUGAAGAAGCGUUUACUUCAAAAGCAAUUGACAAAGAGAAUGCAAAAAUUAGCGUUUCCGAACUUUUAGAUUCAUCGGUGUAUGGCAUGGUCAAGUGGGAGGAUGAAGCACUUCAAAUAAAACAAGCAGUUAUAUGUCUACUUGAGAAGAUGUUAGCCAUCAUUAAGAACCUCGAUUGGCGAUUUGCUGCAACUUUAUUUAACACUGGUAGCAGCAGCGAAGGCACUUUAAUUUCGCAGCCACAUGAAUUCGAUUUUGUCUGCUAUUUGGAUAAUUUUUCAUCGUUAUGCGCUGUUCACGACAACCAUCGGCAAAUCGACGGAUACUGUCAGGCAAGGCUCAAAGACAAUGAACGCUAUGAAUUGUAUUCAGAAUUUUUCGAAGGCAACAGAAUGCUUGAUUGUGYACUUGUGAGGAAUAAAAUGAAAACUCUAUUCGAAAUAGCUUGGCAUCAGGGAGAACCAUGGAAAGAUACUAGGCUUUAUUUUGAAGAAAUAUUGGACCUAGCAGAUAAGCCAACAAUCAAUGCCGGGGUAAGAUGGGUAGGCUGCARGUACAAAAACUUAGAAAUUAGCGUUGAUAUAGUUCCUGCUAUAUACGUCCCUCCAUAUUGGCCAUCUCUGAUUGAUACUGGCUCACUCAGUCUCCUGWCAGAAGAUAUUAAGCUAGCAGGGUGUGCACUUCUUUUGCAAAACCCGAAUCUCAGUGAUUUCCUUGACAACGAAGACACUUACCUGCGUAUUUCUGUGGCUCCUGCUGAAGUUGCUCUGUUUCGUACUUUUCCACAAGCGGUGAAACGAAGCUACGCUCUGGCGAAGAUCAUGCUUCAGCCCGAUAUAUGUCCACGAAGACGUUAUGAAAACGAAUGCAUGGCGGUAUUGGGAGCAAGAGAUGAAAUAUCAAGCUACAUGCUCAAGACAAGUCUUUUGUACGUCUUGGAUGAGCAGCCAGAUCUUCUGGAAAGUGCUCACAAUCAAUGCGCAUCAAGUGAUGACUUCUUUGUCAAGCAAUUAACCAUCAAGAUUUUCCGCUACUUACACGCAAGAACAUGCUGCCGUAACUUGAAACCGUAUUUCUUGAACUUUUUGGAUAACACUGAUAUAUUUUCAUUUGAAUACAAGGAAUAUCUGAAUGACUCGAGCAAUGACCUUUCUUGUGCAGUGGAAAGACAAUGGGAACGGCGCAAGUAUUUUAUCGAACUGAUUAUUCAGAUAUUGGACAGAUUGGUUUACUGCAGCGCGUCAUGAGUUAGAUACUGAACAUCUAGCAUCAAUAUCAUAUUCAUUAAUYUGCAAAAUAUUGCUGAUCAAUACUUGUUGCUCUAGUGAUUUAUUGCAUGAGCUGGGUUGGGAAAAGUUGGAAGAUAGAAUGAUUAGACAACUAGCAGUAAUUAUGUAUAAGAUAAAUAAUAAUGUCUCAAWGCUAUCUUAAGAAAAUUUGAAAAUUUUCGUUUACGAGGCACAACUCURUGGAACAAAAUCCGUGUSGAARKCCGCAUUACAUGGAGACAUUAGUUGGAGCUUACUGGCCUCACUAUGACUCGCACGCUCCCAAUAGAUUUAGGCCGUUCGUUUCCACAAGCAACGCAAAGAGUCGAAAAAUUGUGAUUUAAGACAUAUUUUGUUAAACAAUUUUCCAGUCAAUAAUUACUAUAUAUUUCAGGAUCCCCCUAACUCCCUUCAUAACCCUAAGCAAAUACUAGAGUGAUUAAUAGAUUGAUUAAGUCAUUGACAAACCAAUGAUAAAUGCCAGUUUACUUGUAGUACAGUUUAGUUUUACAAUCAUCACCUUACUUUAAAAGGUACAUUCUAUUUCCUAGGCACUACGCAAUUUGCUUUCACAUCCACUAGGGUUUCUUUUAUUACGUUUAAACUAAUAAAGAUCAACUCCACUGGUUCUUUUAAGUUCAAUUUGAUUGACAUUCCUAAUAGAGUGCUGAUACUAUUAUACAUCCGUGAAAAAUUUUGUAAGAAAUUGCACAAAUUUGCCAAAAAUGUAGUAAGAUCAGUAAACCUCAGUAGGACAUACCUACAAAACUUUGCACUUAUCUGUACAAUGUUGUUAGUUACUUUUUCAUGGAUAUAUGGUAUGCACUCUAGUACACUAGUAAUUAGUUAAGCACUCCGGCCUUAAGUUAGUAAAAAAAGAAUGUAGGAAAACUGGAGUACCAAAGGGUUCAAAAAGCAUUCCUAGUCACAAAUGCAGAAGUAUGAGUUUUUAACUUAGAAUUCGACCUUUAUUAGGAUUUAUCAUUUACUAUGCCAAAAGUUCUUGCAUUCGAACUAUAUUGGAUAUGAAAAAUGUUUAAAGCAUCAUCACAUGGGUAUCUAUAUUGAGAUAACUAGUACAUUACUCUUACAGAGCAUUAUUAGUUAUAAGGAAUUCAGCAUUUUGAUUGGUUCAACUGCUCAACUUCAGGGGCGAAUUCCGGGAAGACGGGUGCUCGACAAGCCUUCCGCCUUCCGGUGAGGGAUUUUUCCUAAAGGAUGCUACUUGGAACAUAAAUUGCCCAUUUUGAAACUCGUUUCAAAAUUAUUGGACCGUCCCUGUGCCUGGCAUUUAUCAGCAUUUCAGAUAACAGCUUCAAAUAYGGAGCAAACUAACUUCCAGACAGUAUUCAAUUGACAGUGUGUCCUAUCGAUACCAAGUGAUUCAAUAUAUUUGUCUUAGGUUUUUGACAAUUUCAACAAGCGUCAUAAGAAGCACUGCACUACUAACCAAUCAAAAUGCAAACGCUAGAAACGAAAGGCUACGCCUAAUAGUUGAARAAAAGAUUAAAAGAAAAAUGAAUUCC